CGUGUCCCGUGGUGCCCCGCGGGGUCCCGGGGAUCCCUUGGUGCCCGCGGCGGACAGAGCGGCCGGGCCGGGCCGGGCCAGGCCGGGCGGACACGAUGUCGCGACAGGGCGGGCGCGGCACCGAGAGCAAGAAAAUGUAUUGGUAUUUGCCAUUCAUUUCACCUUCUGCCUCUCUGCAGCUCAUGAACUCGGAGCUGUUCACGCUGACCUACGGUGCCCUGGUGACCCAGCUCUGCAAGGACUACGAGAAUGAUGAUGAUGUCAACAAGCAGCUGGACAAAAUGGGUUACAACAUCGGUGUCCGGCUCAUCGAGGACUUCCUGGCCCGCUCCAAUGUUGGGAGGUGCCAUGAUUUCCGUGAAACUGCAGAUGUUAUAGCAAAGAUUGCAUUUAAAAUGUACCUGGGCAUCACUCCGAGCAUCACCAACUGGAGUCCUGGGGGCGACGAGUUCUCCCUGAUCUUGGAAAACAACCCCUUGGUCGACUUUGUGGAGCUCCCUGACAACCACUCAACCCUCAUCUACUCCAACCUGCUCUGUGGGGUGCUGCGAGGUGCCCUGGAGAUGGUGCAGAUGGCUGUCGAUGUGAAGUUUGUCCAGGACACCCUGAAGGGCGACAGCGUCACAGAAAUAAGGAUGAAAUUCAUCAGGAGGAUUGAAGACAACCUUCCAGCUGGGGAAGAGUGAACCACAGCCCCAUCUCCCUGGGGACUGGAGGGACCAGCUGGGUUUGGCCAUUAGCUUUCCUCACAGAUCCACAGGGAUCUCCUGCCCCUGCCCACUCAGACUGACUCACUGACUGUCUCAGAUGUUGUUUUCUUCUACUCUCACUUCCAUCCUCUGUAGAAGAUGAUUGUCUGGUUGCUGUUUAUUUCCCAGGUUCAUUCUGAAGCUUUUUCAUCAGGUGAUGUCCUUUUCCCUCCCCCUGGGGGCUUCCUAAGCUCAGUUUCCAGUUGUGACCUGGGCUGUGUGACAACAACUGCUCAGACUCCAGGAGAGCUCCGGUCUCUUCACAUCGGUGUCGGAGGGCCAGAAUUGGAGACCAAGCUACAAGAGCCCACUGAUUCCCUGCUAAACCCCAUCCUUCCUUAAAUGAGGUGUUUAAAAUCCA